GCUAUAUCGGCUGCGCAUGCGCACCCACUCAAAUAUUGACAGCGCCAUUUUCAAUUCGCAAAUGUGUUUGUAAACAAGGGAAACAAUUUGUUCACUUAUUUCGACUUUUGAAUUGAGGUAACUCAGAAAUGUCGAGCACACCUCAAGGAGAGGUUCACACUCCGGUGAGCCGGAUGGCAUCCACAGCCGGGCUCUCAUCACGCUACAUCUCCCCCACCACCCGGCGGAAACCCAACCCCCUAACCAGCCAGUCGUCCAUCCUCUCCAACUUUGCAGAGAAUGACGAUGCGGCGGAGAAGAGGCAGAGGAGGCACUCGCGUGUUAUGGAGAUGCAGCGUCAUCUUCAGAGCCCAGUCUCAUCUCCCUCAGAUAGGAGAAGAUCCCUGCCCCUCAGUGGAUUAUCAACGGGUCAACUGACGGAUCAUUAUUCAAACUGUAUCAAACUCUCAGCAGAAAACAAAAUCAAUUCCAAGAAUGCUUUUGGUCUUCACCUGAUUGACUACAUGGCAGAGCUUCUCAAAUCAAAGACAGGAGAGAUGACGAAUUUCCAGGUUGCAAGUUGCACCCUUGAUGCCAGUGCUAAGAUCUAUGCAGGCAGAGUGGAUGCAAUCCAUGCUGAGACAUACAAGAUGCUGGGAGGACUCGGACAUGACAGACAGAGCAAACAUUCUGAAGGAGACGCAGAAGGAGGUGAAGGACCAGGGGCCAAUGAAGGAAAGAAGAAGAAGAGGGCACGUCAUUCUAACACAGUGGAGGCAAACUUGAAGAACAUUAACUUGACCAAACUGGACCUUGGAUUUGAGCCUGACCCACUUUUCCAGCGAACUUCAGCAGCCUUCGAUGAGGGCGGAUCCUUUGGUCUUCUCCUUAACCACCUUCACUGUAGGGAUGAUGGCUGUGAGCUGCUCCUAGACUCCAACACCAUCAUCAAUAAUGAAGAGGAACCAGCGAAAUCAGAGAAAGGCACACAGACCAUGGUCGAUAUGAAUGAAAUUACAGAGAUCUACAAUGGAGUGAGUUUAGAGAGCCUUCAGAUUUGUCCUGAGUUUGCUGACUUUGAGUUCGCAAACUGGAGUGCUGAAAGAGAGGAGGGCGUCACCUCCAUGAUCAGCAAGAUGGCUGCCGCCGACGGUCAGCAGGCCUUUGAUGUCCACGCCAUCCCCGAACCCUUGGAGGAGGAGCCUGCCGAUCACAUGGGUAUGGGAGGAGACCACUUUGAAGGAGGGGGGUUCAGUGAUGAUGAUGAUGGAGGGGAGGCGCUACCGGGCAUGGACCAACCCUCUAUGUUCACCUCCGAUAAUUCAGACGCCACCAUCAUGAUUGGUCGGUCUGCAUCGAGCUCGGUGUCUGUAAACACAGGAGGCAAGCUCUGUCUACAGCUCUCCCUCGAACCCUCUGAGUAUUCCUACUUCAACAUGGAUGUCCUCAACACGUGGGCAGGACCACAGCACUGGAAACUCAAGCCUAAAUCAAAAGAUUCCGCGACAGCAGAGGAAGGCACCAAGAAAGCUGCGUCAAAGAAACCACUUUUCAGGUUAAACUACGACGAUGAGGUUGACUUCGACAAGUUCUUUGGUGAAAGCAAGGCUGCUACCACACUCUCCCAGUCCACUCUUAACAAAUAUAACAAGAGUGAGCUUACACUGCCCGAUCAAGAUGAUGAUUACAAGCCUACUAGUCUCCUAAAGAUGUUCCUCAGGCCUAACUUCAUGAUGAAACGACAGGCUGCCAACACCAACAAUGAAUCUCUGGAUGAUGGCAUAGAUGGCUAUGACUAUAACAAUGAGAAUGACUGCGCUAACUUCUGUCCUGCUGCAGGGGGUGGAGAUGAUGACGAUGAUGACAGCAGCCAUGCCCCUGGCAGUAUGACCUAUGACCUCGACUCCAUGAGUCAGACCUCAGCCGGUAGCCACAGUGGCUUCCUCAACAACAGCAUCUUUGAUGCCACGAUGCUGCAGGGAGACAGGCUGGUUGCUCAGCCUCACAAGGUGAGCAAGAUCAACAUCCAGUACGCCCGCACAGCCAAGAAGAUGGAUGUUAAGAGGCUCAAGAACCACAUGUGGGGCUUCCUGACUAAGCCUGAGGCCGAUAAGGAGAACGUGAGCAACGAGGCCGAUGCAGAUGGCGUCGCCGGCACUCAGUCCUUCUGCGACAUGUACACCACCCUCCCAGAUAAGAUGAGCAAAACAAUGUCCAAGAACCUGAGCAUCCCCAUCGCCUUCGUCUGUCUGCUUCAUCUCUGUAACGAGAAGAGCCUUAGUCUAACCGUUCAGGCAGAGGGCUUGGAAGAUCUCCUCAUCACCCAAGAUUAAACCAAUCCUCGAAGCCUUACAUCAUUCUAGAGAAGAACGUCCACUAUCAACCC